AUGGAAAGUGUGAAGAAUGCCAAAGAUGAAAGAGUAAGAGAAAUCCGGAAUGCUGUGGAAUUGAUGAUUGCUCGUUUAGAAUCUCAGUUGAAAACCAAACUGUUAACAUUGAUGGGUGAGAAAAACCAGUUGACCCAGGAGACUAGUUUGUUAGAGAAUCUCAUCCAUGAAGUUGAAGGACAGUUGAAUGACUGUGGAAAAAGUGAAUUAAUAGAGAAAAGUGGGGAACUCAUGCAGAUGUUUAAACAGGAUGGCAAUGGCGUUGUCCGGGGAAAUUACCUUUCAGUAUUUCUAGAAUUGUCUGCUGGGCUUCCAGAAACUUCCAAAUAUGAAUACAGAGUUGAAAUGGUGCAUCAAGCAUCAAAAGAUGCCAGUAAGAACAUUGUCAGGGAAUUUGCCUCAGAUUUUGAGGUUGGGGAAUGUUGGGGUUACAACCGAUUCUUCCGACUAGACUUGCUUGCUAGUGAAGGUUACUUAGAUACACAAAAUGACACUCUUAUUCUGAAGUUUCAAGUACGCCCACCUACAUUCUAUCAGAAAUGCAGGGACCAACAAUGUUCUGUUGGACAAGGUGAACUCUCUCUCUCUCUCUCUCUCUCUCUCUCUCAAACUAUCUAUACAAUUCUUUAUGGUAUUGCGAGGGAAAGAAAUAAUUGA